AAGAAUGUGCAGUCUGAGGGAGGUGCGUGCGCGAGAUGCUCUAUAAAUGGCACACACGAACUUCAGGUGCAAAACCAAAGAUUUCACAGCUCUCGUGUUAUACCAAAAGAGUUCCAUUUAUUUUCAACAAAACCAUUUGUGACUACAAAUGUCACGUCAAGUUGUUCCUGUAGUUGUUUGAAAAUAUUUCCGAUGAGGAUAUGAAACGCGUGACAGACAUUGCUCUUGUUCUGAUCUUCGCCUGUAUCGUGCAGCAGUUCGUACAGGUGAACAGCCUGAGAGAUAGAGGGAGGAGAGCGCAGGCAGAUAGGAAGGGGAAAAGAAGAGGUCAACGGAAUGAAAGUGAUCUGAGAGGGAGAUUCUCACUGAAGGACGGAGCGCGGUGCUCGUGGCGCGCAGCGCGCGGGGGUGAUGCGUUUGUAUUGGGAGUCACGUGCAAAAACGGGCCAAAGACUUUCGGCUGCGAAUAUGUAGCGAAGCCCACAGCAUGUGAACAGUACGCAUCUAAUACCAAAGCCUACUGGAAACAGAUCACCCGUUCGCUGAAAAAGCAGAGGAGAUUGUGUCGCGACUCUGCGGCGAUGGUCAAAGCCGGUAUGUGCAGGAGCGCGCACUUCAGACUGAAGGACACGCGUCCCUCCUCCAGAGUCCCGUUACCGCCAACCGCGGGGAAUAAUCACUGUCCUGACCGGAUCGAGAGGCUGAAAGUGGCCGAAGAAUACUGCAGCAGAGCCUGGUCUUCACUGUGUGCAUUCUUCUUCUUGAUGCUUGAGAAUGAUGAAUGCUCAUGAUUGACUUUGAAAAACUUUUUUUCAAGGCAAAUUUUAUAUUCCAUUAAUUUCUGAAUGAAAUUAACUUCUU